AUAUAUUCUAAAACGUGUCGAUGGUAGCGAAAAUUUUAGACGCAGCUGGUUGGAUUAUGUAAAUGGUUUUGGUAAUCCAGUUGGAGAAUAUUGGAUUGGCUUAGAGAAUUUGUAUGCUUUAACAAACUUUUAUGGACCUCAGGAAUUACUCGUUUUUCUAGAAAAUUUUAAGGGGGAAACAGCAUUUGCUCGUUACGAUCAUUUUGUUAUAGGAAAUGCCGUUGAGAAAUAUAAAUUAAAAUCACUUGGACGCUACGCGGGCACUGCUGGUGAUAGUUUAUAUAAUCAAUUGAAUGCUGCAUUUAGUACACUCGAUAAUGAUAAUGACAAUUCAAACAGAAAUUGUGCAGAUAUACGUAAAGGAGGAUUUUGGUUUAAGGAUUGUACUAUUGUAAACCCUACUGGUCAUUAUUUACGUGGUGCAUAUUCAAAUAACUAUGAAGGUUCAUUUUGGAAAACGUUUGGGGGAAGUUAACUAUUCACAUAAACUAUAAUUUUCAUGAUUCGCCGACAGAGUGCUGGCCAAAUUGUAAUAUUAUUGCAAUUAUAGUUAACAAUAGCAGUUUAAGUUUAAACUAAUUGA